AAAAGAGAGUUUCCACUUUUUGUUUCAAAGUCUCAGCUGUCAUUAUCCUCUGUCAAAUUAUGUGGACUACAGUCGAAGCAUAUUAAGUACUCCUCACUAAUUAUUUUCUCAACCUUCUUUUUUGUUUUAAUUUUCUAUGCAAAUUAACAAAAAUCCCUCACUUUUUUUUUAGUUUCUGUGGCUAACUCUUUCCUCCACCCUUCUGCUUGAAGCAGCAUCAUCACUGUUCACGGAACUUCAAAUCUACCCUUUCUUUCUCUCUCCUCUUUCAAAGAUCUGCGAAAACCCCAUUUCAACUUCCAACUUUUAUCCAAAAGAUCUUCAGAUUAUCUGUUUCACAGAUAUUAAAAAGAUAAAAUCUUUAGUACCCAUUGCUUUCUCUUUGUUUUUAAUCAACUUAUUUCAGAUCCUUAUCCAACCCUUCAAUUUUCUGCUUAAUUAUUCAAGAUAAGGAUCUUUUUAUCGAGUAAUUUGAUCUGACGGUAGAAAUUGCUUCAUUUCUUGCUAAUACUAGCUACUUCGAUUUAUGUGUCGUGGGAAAUUUUAGUUAUAGAUCAACACUUUGAUCCGUCUUGUUUUCCAGAAGUUAAUUGCAUCUAUGAACUUAGGGGUUCUCUUGAUUUUGGACUCAAAAACUUCAAAUUGGUUUAUUUUAGCUCAACAAUUGAUUUUUUUGAGUUGGGUUUAGUGAGAAAAACUAAGAGUUUUUUUUUUUUUUGUUUAGUCUGUUUGAUUAAAAGUUCAUAGUAAAGUUCACAUAUUUUGGUAAAUUUUGCCACUUUUAGGGCAUUUGUGAUCUGGGUUUUCGCUUUUUUCUGUAAUUUGCUUCAAGAACUCAACAGUUUUGUUUGGAUCUACUGUAUUGAUUCAUUUGGAUCAAGCGGCCAUUAAUGCUUUGUGGCAAAAAUGCAACAAGAUCAAAGGAGAAAGACGUCUGCAGAAUUGGACUUUUUUACAGAAUAUGGUGAGGGUAACCGGUAUAAGAUAGAGGAGGUUAUUGGUAAAGGUAGUUAUGGGGUUGUUUGUUCUGCAUACGACACUCAUACUGGAGAGAAAGUUGCUAUCAAGAAGAUAAAUGAUAUAUUUGAGCAUGUUUCGGAUGCAACUCGUAUCUUACGUGAAAUUAAACUUCUUCGGCUACUGCGUCAUCCAGAUAUUGUGGAAAUAAAGCACAUUUUGUUGCCUCCUUCAAGAAGAGAAUUUAAAGACAUAUAUGUUGUUUUUGAGCUGAUGGAGUCUGAUCUGCAUCAAGUCAUUAAAGCAAAUGAUGAUUUGACCCCAGAGCAUUAUCAAUUCUUUCUGUAUCAGCUCCUUAGAGGCUUAAAGUAUAUACAUACUGCCAAUGUCUUUCAUCGAGACUUGAAACCAAAGAAUAUCUUAGCAAAUGCUGAUUGCAAGCUCAAAAUAUGCGAUUUUGGUCUUGCAAGGGUGGCCUUUAAUGAUACUCCAACAGCAAUAUUUUGGACUGAUUAUGUGGCAACAAGAUGGUACAGGGCACCUGAAUUGUGUGGAUCCUUCUUCUCCAAGUACACACCUGCCAUAGAUAUCUGGAGCAUUGGGUGCAUUUUUGCCGAACUUCUUACUGGGAAACCUCUUUUCCCUGGAAAGAAUGUGGUCCACCAACUGGACCUCAUGACAGAGUUGUUGGGAACUCCUUCUCCUGAUGCUAUUGCCCGGAUACGUAAUGAGAAGGCUAGGCGAUACUUGAGCAGCAUGCGCAAGAAAAAGCCUAUUCCGUUCUCCCAUAAAUUUCCAAAUGCUGAUCCUCUUGCCCUUCGUUUGUUAGAAAGAAUGCUUGCAUUUGAGCCUAAGGACCGCCCUAAUGCUGAAGAGGCUCUUGCAGAUGUGUAUUUUAAGGGCUUGGCUAAGGUUGAGAGGGAACCUUCUGCUCAGCCUGUCACAAAAAUGGAGUUUGAAUUUGAGAGACGGAGAAUGACAAAAGAAGAUGUAAGGGAGCUCAUAUACAGAGAGAUUCUUGAAUAUCAUCCGAAAAUGUUGAAGGAGUUUUUAGAUGGUUCAGAGCCAACUAACUUCAUGUAUCCGAGUGCUGUUGAUCACUUCAAAAAGCAGUUUGCUUACCUCGAGGAACACUACAAAAAUGGUUCAACUGGUGCUCCAAUUGAGAGACAACAUGCUUCAUUGCCGAGGGCCUGCGUAUUAUAUUCAGACAACUCCGUUCAUGGUUCUACUGAAGUCACUGAUGAUCUCUCCAGAUGCCGCAUUAAGGAAGUUGAAAAGCCGCAUGUAGACAGGAAUGGUGCAAUCCCGAUGACCAGGCUUCCUUUACAAGUUCCUCAAAAUGUCCAGGGAACUGCUGCAAGGCCAGGGAAGGUUGUAGGAAACGUAAUGCGUUACAACAACUGUGGGGCAGCAGCAACAGCAACAGCAGAGGUGGCGGAUAGACGGGUAGUGCGAAAUCCAUCAGUACCCUCUCAAUUUCCUACACCUAGCUGCUCGUACCCAAAAAGAAAUCCCGGGUGCAAAAAUGAAAGAGGAGAAGAUGAAGUUAUGGAAGGGUCUAAUGGGCUACAACCUAAGCCCCAAUACUUAGCUAGGAAGGUAGCUGCAGCAGCUCAAGGUGGACCUGGUAGUCACUGGUACUAAAUCUAUGCGCCUACAUUUUUUGGCAAACUUGACUGCCUAACAACCACUCUCUGCUGUGCUUGGACAUUGGUGGUGUGGGGUAAGGUUAAGAGGUAACCCCGGGACUUGUUUGUUGAAGAUGAGUAUGCCAACUUUUGGAGAUUAAGAUGAAUGAAAGCUGAAAUUUGAUCAGAUUACACUUGAAUGGACCUUUUAAGGUUCAAUAAUCAAGAUUUAGGGUGGUGAUGCCCUACAAACAAACAAACAAACAAACAACUCAUUCUUCAUGCCGGUGACCUGGUUAUCAAACGGUAUGGCCAGAUGAACUGGUGAGUUGUUUACAUUUGGGAACUGUAUCAUUGAUGAUGCCACGCCUUCAAACGGGUGGAAUUUGGUAACUAAACAUUCUGUUUAUCAUCUUUUCUAACACUCAAGUACCAACUAUUUUAAAACUUUUCUGCUAGGAUUCCUGCAAACUCUAUAUUGUUGUUUGCCCCCCCUGUCUAAUGUAUUUUUAUCUCCCGAAAUGUAAUAAAUGACUUCUCAUAUUCAUCCCGACUGAGGAACUAAUCUCGUGUAUAAUUUGAUUAACAUACAUCAUCUUUUGUUAUGCCUAGUUACUUUUUCAACUUUAAA